CACAUGACGCCUCAGCUGCCUCCUCUCUCCUGCUCGCUCUCUCUCCGCAUCUCUGCCUCCAUCAGGACACGGAGCUCCGCCUCGGAUGCUGCUGGAACUGUUUAUCUGAUUACCAGAUACACGAGCUGCGCUUCCUUAAAGCGACACCCUGGCCUUAAUUAAUUACACUGCCAGAGAGAAAGAGAAAGAAGGAGAAGAGGAGAGAGAGACGCCGAGGAUGCAGUGCCCACCUCCUCCCUGCAGGAUGCCGCGAGCCGCCGCUUCAUCUCCUGCCUCGAGGUUAUGAACUGUAAUCUGACCCUGCACGCCAGCAGGAAGACCCCCUCCUCUUCCUCCUCCUCCCCCCUCCUCUCCAUCCUGGGAUACAUCCACGAUCAGUGUGUCACGCGGGUUUUUCUUCCGCUUUCUCUCUGCAUCACGCUCAGCUGAUGAAACUGGCAGCAAACGCGCGUCCCUACAGCCUGCACGGCAUCUAUGGAAGGCGUUUUUAGGUCCGCGUGUGAGCGUCCUCUCUGCUGUGCUGGCGGCCUUCCUGUGUUUCUGCACUCCUGUUUCGCCGCUGGUACUUUUCCGCUCGCACGCAGCAGAUGAAACCCCGACUCCCUGCCUCUGCGCUUCCUCCCCGCGUGGGCUCUGAGACCUGCGUCAAGCGCGCCUCGUCCUCUCCGCGCCCCCGCCGUCGCCGUGCCGCUGAUGCGGUGCGCCUGGGUGCUCGCUUUCUCCUCGUCCUGGCCGGUUCCUGAUCCUCUGGGCCGGAGGGCCAGCCUCCUCCAUCGGGGCAGGAUGGUACGGUUUGUGAGCGCGCUGGGGCUCGUCAUAUUCAGCGUGGCGCUGCUCAUCCUGUCUCUCAUCAGCUAUGUCUCCAUCAAGAAGGACUUCCUGUUCAGCACCCCGAGAUAUGGACACAACGGCGGACCCAGGAUGUACAUGUUCCACGCGGGGUUUCGUGAGAGGCCACCUCGCAAACCCGACCUGAGCUCCCAGUUGGCGAUGAAGUAUUUGGAUCCAGCUUUUACUUCUCUGACCAACGCUCUCAGCGAGGACCUGCAGAACUCAUCUAAAUGGAGGCACAACAGCACUGCUUUUAACCAGCAGAGGAAGGAGAUCUCUCAGUACAUCGACAUACCCCACAACUUCACGCUGACUCGAGACUCAGUCCGAAUCGGUCAGCUGAUGCAUUAUGACUACUCCAGCCACAAAUACGUCUUCUCCAUCAGCGACAACUUUCGCUCUCUCCUCCCGGAGGUCUCACCAAUCCUCAACAAGCACUAUAACGUAUGUGCUGUGAUUGGCAACAGCGGCAUCCUCACUGGCUCACGCUGUGGUCCCCAGAUUGAGAAAUACGACUUUGUCUUCCGCUGCAAUUUUGCGCCGACUGAGAUCUUUAAAAAAGAUGUUGGGCGUCGCACCAACAUGACGACCUUUAACCCCAGUAUCCUGGAGAAAUACUAUAACAACUUACUAACUGUGCAGGACAGAAAUAACUUCUUCCUUAGCCUGAAGAAGCUAGAUGGCGCCAUUCUGUGGAUCCCGGCGUUUUUCUUCCACACGUCGGCCACAGUGACGAGAACGUUGGUGGACUUUUUUGUGGAGCAUAAAGGUCAGCUCAAGGUCCAGCUCGCCUGGCCUGGAAACAUCAUGAAAUAUGUCAACAACUACUGGAAAACCAAGCAGCUGUCGCCGAAGCGCCUGAGCACAGGCAUUCUGAUGUACACGCUGGCUUCUUCCAUGUGUGACCAGAUCCACCUGUACGGUUUCUGGCCCUUUGGCUGGGACCCGAACACAGGCAAAGAGCUCCCCUACCACUACUACGACAAGAAGGGCACCAAAUUCACCACCAAGUGGCAGGAGUCCCACCAGCUGCCAGCCGAGUUUAAACUCCUCUACAAGAUGCACACAGAAGGACUGCUGAAGCUCUCCCUCUCCCACUGUGCUUAGGGAUAAAACUGUGGCAGGUACUGUGCUCCUUCAGGCUCCGAUCCAGCACUUCCACUGGCCGGAAUUACAGAAAGGGUGAGACAAGCAAAGUUGGGACUCCUGCCGUUUAGUCAAAGGCAACAGCUUGACUGUAAGGCUGAGUUGGUGCACUGGAGAUCAGUCUGAGAUACCAGAGCAAAGGCUCGUAAUCGUGUGCUCAAGAUGAACUGUGACAGCUCAAUAAACAAGCAGUGUGUUAAUUUUCUACUGCUCAUAAAUCUACAGCUGAACAGCACUGCGUUUAGUUUCAUUUUACCACAAAAAGGUGGACUGUCAUACAAAAGCUGGUCUUCAGACGAGUGUCACAGUGCUGAAUCAUUUAAUAGCUUUUUAAUUGCAGUCGUGGUCUUUCACAGAACUAAUGCAGACACAUGCAACAUAAAACUGCUCCAUCCAGAAAUGACAGCAUGUAGGCCAAUCAGAUUCAAGCACAUAGAUCCAGGCAUGGCAAAAAACAUGAUUUUGUGGCUGUUUUCAAAAAUUGCAAAGUGCUGUCUUACGUUCGUUAUAUAUUAUAAUAAACAGCCGUGUGGCGCUGGGGUUUGGUAAACCCUCAAACUCAGAGCUCUGACAUUUUGGGUUUUUUUUUCUUUGGUUUCUUUGCUGUUUUUGGUCUGAAAACAACAAUGCUGGGAUCAUCCGCAUGUCAGGGACCACACUGACAAAGUCUGGAGGUUGGAUGUAUGCAGGGUCCUGACAAUAUCCUAGAUUUUAUUUUUGCACAUUAGAGUCAUAUUAAGAAAAGAAGAUGAAGCUUGAUGAAGAUGAUGAUGAGAUCAGAAUACACAGUAUUUUGCCUUUGACCAAGAUACAUUAUCAGUCUACAUAUCUUUCUGUUUUCAAAACUUCUACAGUGCCACAUACAAAGGAGAACAAAAGGAGGGACCAGGUUUGGCUUUCUUUGCUCCACCUGACAGCUCCAACAUCAUUAUCAGUCUUUCCUUUUGCCAUGUCUGCUGUUGUGCUAUAUAUAUAUAUAUAUAAGAACGCUCAGUCUCUAUAUUUAGCACAGUGAAAGGAUAUAGUAGAUCCUACAGUAGUGCAAUCGGUGCCUGGAGAAGUCUCUUUUUUGUUUAUUUAAGCAGCAGGCAUGAUAUAGUAUAAACGCCCUGUGCUACAAGCACUAAAGUAUGAAAAAACUUAUUGCAUUUGCACUUCACUCUCCAAAAACGAAGUAGUAUUUUACAUAUAUUCACUUAACUCUAUCUGAGUUUGUGUCCAUCUGAUGAAUACAAAUCAAUUUUUCUUUCUCCUUUUAGUCUCAUUAGCUCAUUCCUUAUUCCCGUUUCUACCCUGCUGUUUUUAUUUGUUUGUUGCGUAUGAGUGGUUUGAUAACCUUUGAUUUCUAAAGUGAACCUACUGCUAAUGUUAGAGCUAUAAACAGAGUAAACCGUGGAGUUAACGUCACUUUAAAAGAUCUACUUUUAAAACAAAUAACUAUACGUUUCAUAGGGAUAGUAGGGCUGAGUGAUUCUUUUGAAUAUCAUUUAGGAAAAACAAGAUAAUUGGAUUAAGUGUUGGAGAUGGAGCCAAGACGAUGAAAAGAGCUACUUUGGUCAAUACAAUUUCUGUAGAAGUAAAUUAUGACAAGGUUUAGGAAAGGCUAGAAGCUCUGAAAGGCAGGUUGGUACAAAGCAGAGUUUGCUUUGCAGUCAAAAGCAAUUCAAUUCUCUACAACUAUUUAAAAUAUUUAAAAUUAUUUAUUUAUUUAUUAAAUUAAAUAAAUGCAUGAUUCUUGAAUCAAUAAUCACAUUAAAUAAUCACAAUUACAAACAAUCCCAAAUCCCAGCUGAUCUGUAAAGUUCAAUCACAGACUGUAUUUAAAUGAUGGAAAUUGUGACGUCACAGUUGAUUAGUGCGGCAAGGAAGCUAAUUUACCAUAUUAACUUAUUUUUAAAAAAAAACAACAUAAAUUCAGUAUAACCUGAAACUACCAACUGAGCCAAGUCAUAAGAAAAGUGUUCACUUCACAUGGCAAGAAAGCCGAACUGCUGAAGUUGCCCCCGACUGGCUUUUAGAAAUAAUGUAGAUUUAAGGUACUUCUGUAUGGACCCAGAAGCUACAUCCAGCUUUUUUAAAUGCAGUUUAAGAGUCCAGCCCAGCUAGAAAGAAAUAAAAAGACAUUAAUUUAAGGUGACUAAUAAAAAGUUAAUUUAAGAUGCAUCAGCAAAGCUUCUUCUUCUGCUUUUACAUGGAAAAUAGUUCCUAUUAUAUUUUAUUCAAGUCCUCUUUGAUAGAAGUUGUGGCAUUGUAGUGUAGUGCCUCCUGGAUGACCACACGGGGCCUCGCCUUCUCCCUUUGAUGAUGAAAUUUACAUCACUUAAACCUUUUAGCUGCUUGUCUUUAGCAUCGUGUUUUGGGCCGCGUACAAUUCACCACUUUAUGCCAGCAACAACGAGACUUUUUACAGACAAUCAGAUUGAGCCACGAAGACAUUCAAGAGGGAAUUAGCAUUGUCAGCGCCAUCGACACAAUGUUAAAAUUCUUGUUUGCUGUUUUGUAAAAUGGGCUGUGUGGUGUUUAGAUUUACCUUGUUACUCAGUAAAACAGUGAACCUGCCACAAGUGAAUGGAAAGAGUUUAAAAAUAUAGUAUAAGAAUAAGAUGUGUUUAUAUUUGUGUUUAUUUAUUAGUUUUUUUAAAUCAUGUCUAAAUUUUAUUUUGUGUAAAGGGACAACACUGGUAAAUGUACAGGUUGUUCAUUUUAGCAGGAAGACAUGUGUUCCCUCUUCCAUACUGUUUUUUUUUUUUUAAAGAAUGACGAUGAUGCAAGUCCAGAUAUUUGACUGACCACUGGUGGGUCCAUUGAGACGCUGUUAUUUUGAACCUUUACUGUUAGAAAAUACUAGUAAGACAAUGGAGAGAGCCUGAAGUGGUUUUAACCUCAACUUAUGAUCAAGAAUCGGUAGAUUAAAGGUCGUCACUGGCACGAGACUCUGUUGCUUAUCUGUUGAUGUAAUUGUGGAGAGUUGAGACUUUAACAUUGAAAUAAGAUAAAGUUAUUAUAAAGGGGUUUUUUGUGCUUACACAACAAAGUCUUUGUUUGUCGGCUUGUUCAUUGGUUUUAUAAAGUAUAACAAGCACAAAGAUAAGACAAUUAAAAUAUCAAUUUUCUUACUGUCAUUAAUCCCUGUUUGUAGUUGUUACAGAAAUGUGCACAUUUUUCACAAUAUAUCCCAGGAGGCACUUUUCAUUUCAUGGGAAAAAUCCACCAUCGAUGUAAAAGUUUUGGCACUCUUGGCUUUCCAUACAUAUUUGCAUCCACAUACUCAGGUUUUUGUGAACAGGUACAGUUGGACAAACUUCUUUUAUCAUUACUUCCUUGAGUGUUUUGUGGUAUGUUAAUCUUUUUCUCUUUUUUUGCUGUUGCUUCUGUGUAUGUGUGUUUACAAAUCCAUCAAAUACUUUUUCAUUUGUAGUUAAUUAGAGAUGAUUUAAGACACCACAUGCUACAUGAGAGAAAUUCCAUCAUAAGCAUGUUUUGUUUUUAGGCACAUCAAAUAUGAAUUAUAAUUUUUUUUACAUGCUUUUUAUCUCCAAGGGAGAGUUGUGUCUUUGUGGAUUUUUAAUUUUUAACAUUUUUUGAGUUUUGCAAAAAUGAGGGAAACUGGGACUAAUUUUGUAAUCUGCAGCUCAAUUUUUGCUGGAUUUCACUUAUUUUUCCUUUUAGUGUCCUAAAAUUUUAUUCCAGAAAGAUUAAAUAUGAUGUUUUAGGGAAUUAAAGACAUAGAGAUUGUCGUUGUGAAGGUUAUGCUAUUUUCUGACUUGAGCUGAGUUUUACAAGAUGUUCUCAUGUUUUAUUUUUGUCUUUUUUCUUCUUUCUUUUGUCAUCUUUUAUUUUUGUAGUGUAAAAUAAUAGUAAAAUAUCAGGUAACAGCUUUUACAGAAUGUAUUUUUUCGCAUUGUGAAUGAAACUGAUGCCGGCUCCAUUCACGUCCAUGUCUUCAGAGACCAAUGGAGGAAGAUUCGUGCAGGAAUAACAUAAACUAGAACCACUUUUAGAUAUCAUAAACAAUAUGCUGUAGAUUUAAUAAUAAGUUUAAGUCAUCCAGUACUUGAAAGAAACUAUAUCUACUCUGUAUUUAUUUCAUUAUUUAGUCAUUAAAUGAAUUAAAUGAUCAGUUUGACAAUGUGA